AUGGAUCCCAACGGCUCUUCUGAGGCCCAUGCCUCCUCGUCGAGCUCGGCCGGAACCCGAGAGGAAGGACGGCAUGUGGACUAUGCUCUUGAUACCCCGGAAGAAAGAGAGGGACGGAAGGAUGUGAAAGAUAGUGGUAGGAGGAGUCAGGAUAGCGAAGACAGUACCGCUUCGCUGAAUCACUAUGGCGCUUGGAUCAAUAGGCAACGAGAAAGAGCGCGGGGACCGCGAGCUAGGUUUGAAGCAUUCUUUAAUGAUCGCUAUCAAAAAUGGAUUAUUGAAGGACUUCUGCGUCAGAAGCCUCUCCCGAAGAGCCGCGAUGGUCGUCAUAUACCCAUCAGCGGCGGUGCCGUCCGUAAGGUGCCGCUGAUUGACGAACGGCGUAGUAACCACUACGUCUCGAAUUUCAUACGCUCUAGUCGAUACACCAAGUGGUCUUUCAUGCCGAAACAGCUAUACUUCCAGUUUAGUAAAUUGGCAAAUUUUUACUUCUUGGUUAUUGCUAUACUGCAGUUGAUACCGGGUUUGAGCACGACGGGUUCGUUCACUACUCUCAUACCCUUACUCGUUUUCGUCUCUAUUAGUAUGGCGAAAGAAGGUUAUGAUGAUUAUAGAAGGUACGUAUUGGACAAGACGGAGAAUCUAGCCCCCGCGUGGGUUCUCGAUCCUGAUGGUACGGUCGAAAAGACGUCGAGUAAGAACUGGUUGGUAGGCUUGACCAAGAAAAACCGUAGUAAGGAGCGGGAAGAGGAAGAGGGAAUGGCAGAGCUGCAAGAUAUGAGCGGGAAUCGGGAGGAAUCUCCGUGGGCGACCAUCCAAUGGCAAAAUAUUCGAGUGGGAGACAUUGUUCGGCUGCGGAGAGACGAUAGCGUACCUGCGGAUAUUGUUAUCCUUCACGCGACCGGUCAUAACGGAGUGGCAUAUAUUGAAACGAUGGCCCUUGACGGCGAGACAAAUCUCAAGAGCAAGCAGGCCUCUUCUUUGCUUGCUAAGCAUUGCGACACGAUUGAAAAGUUAAAGAAUUGUGAAGCUAAGAUCGUAUCUGAGGAUCCUAAUGCCGAUCUGUAUAAAUUUGAAGGCCGUGCUACUCUCAACGGCGAGACUCGUCCGCUCACCAUGAACGAUGUCGUAUAUCGAGGAUCGAUUCUGCGGAAUACUGACGAGUUGAUCGGCUUGGUUAUAAACACGGGCGAGGAAUGCAAAAUACGUAUGAAUGCGAAUAAAGACGUUCGCGCAAAAGCUCCCAAGAUGCAAAGUUUACUUAAUAAGAUCGUUUUUCUUCUUGUUUUGGUUGUCUUGGUUCUUACUAUUGGCUGCAUGGCUGGCUAUUAUGGGUGGCGGAAUGACUACGAGAUACAUGCUCCGUAUCUUCAUGGUGCUGGCGUACCAUUUGAGCAAAUAUGGUUCGGUUUCAUUAUUGCCUUCAAUACCCUCAUCCCAUUAUCCCUGUAUGUAAGUCUCGAGAUCAUCAAGGUCGGGCAAUUUUUUCUGCUAGGUGAUGUGGAGAUGUACGAUCCCGAAACCGAUACGCCUAUGGUUGUCAAUACGACCACCAUCUUAGAAAACCUGGGCCAGGUCAACUAUAUCUUCUCCGACAAAACUGGGACUCUGACAGAGAACAAGAUGCGAUUUCGGAAGCUCAGCGUUGCAGGGACGGCUUGGUUACAUGACAUGGAUAUCAAGCGAGAUCAGCUAGCAUACGAGGCAAAGAUAUCCAAGAUGAAUAUUAAGAAUCCAAACCGGCGUAUCAACGGAGAACCAGAGACGAAUGCGAUACCCGAUAGAGAUGAACGUAUCGAGACUCCGCUGAUUAAUAACCAGGAUCAGUCUUCUUGGGCAUCAAAAACUCUGUCGGGACAUUCUCCGCCUAUACCCAAGACGGAAGCCUUGAUCGAGUAUAUUCGACGAAACCCGAAUACGACCUUUUCAAAAAAGGCCCGGCAUUUUCUCCUCUGCGUGGCACUAUGUCAUACUUGCUUGCCGGAAGUCAAAGAGGACGGUGAAAUAGCUUUCCAAGCUGCGUCCCCUGACGAACUCGCUUUGGUACAGGCUGCUCGCGAUCUAGGUUACCUCCUCAUUGAUCGACCAACGCAGUCUAUCAAGCUCCAGCAUCAAAGCCCCGAAGGAGAGCUUCUCACCGAGACGUACGAGGUACUGGACGUGAUCGAGUUCAGCAGUAAACGGAAGCGAAUGUCAAUCAUCAUACGCAUGCCUGAUAACAAAAUCUGCGUAUUUUGUAAGGGCGCCGAUAAUGUCAUCAUCGCCCUUUUGCGAAAUGCGCUCCUAGCUAAACAGAAAGCCUCCACUGUGGAACGAAGAGCUAGCAAACGGAAAAGCGUAGAAGUUGAGAGGGCUAUGAGUCGUCUAAGCGGGACGUAUAGUCCUAGGAAUAGUCUAAGCUUAAAUAAGCGUAGUAGUGUCUUUCGAAAAGGCAGUCGACGUAAAUCCGUCGAAGCGAAUCGCCGCUCGGCCGUUUCGGAUGACCUCGACACUUGGCUGACGAGGCGUGAGACGUUGGAUUUAGAGGAUGCACCAAUAUACGAUAUGGAUGCUGGUACUCCCCGACAGUCUAUAGCUCUCUCUCCCGUAUUAGUUACGGGAGAUAGCGAGGUUUACGAUGGAGUUGUGGACGAGGUUAUAGCCGCCGACGACGGUGCUAUCUUUGAGAGGUGCUUCCAGCACAUUGGCGAAUUUGCUUCAGAAGGCUUGAGAACCCUCCUUUUUGCUUAUCGUUACAUCAGUGACGAGGAGUACGAGGAGUGGAAGGGUAACUAUAGAGCCGCUACUACGAGCCUGGUGAAUAGGCAAUCACGCAUCGAGAAAGCGGCCGAACUUAUCGAGAAUGAUUUCAGUCUUGCCGGUGCUUCUGCCAUCGAAGACAAACUCCAACAGGGAGUUCCUGAGACAAUUGAAAAGCUUCGUAGGGCAAAUAUCAAGGUUUGGAUGUUGACUGGGGACAAACGCGAAACGGCAAUCAAUAUUGCGCAUUCGGCAAGGUUGGCUAAGCCCUUUUCUGAAAUCUACAUCCUCGAGGCCUCCACGGACGAGCCGGAAGAGUCGAAAGUGUUGAGUAAAUUGAAGCAGAAGAUUAAGUCCAUCUUGGUCGAUGUCACUCGUGGUACGAUAGCUCAUUCCGUCUUGGUCGUCGACGGACACACCUUAGGUGAGAUUGAAAAGGGCGAAACUUUGAAAAUAAUGUUUUACGAUCUCGCCGUUCGUAUGGAUUCUGUCAUCUGCUGCCGAGCUUCACCGUCUCAAAAAGCAGGGUUGGUACGAUGCAUCCGGGAAACGGUACCAUCCUCUUUGACAUUAGCCAUCGGUGACGGAUCAAACGAUAUUGCCAUGAUCCAAGAAUCCCACGUAGGAAUAGGCAUAUCUGGCCGCGAAGGUCUCCAGGCCGCCCGCGUUGCUGAUUAUUCUAUCGCUCAAUUCAGAUUCCUUCAACGACUUCUUCUCGUCCACGGCCGAUGGAUGUACUUGCGCACUGCAAAAUACAUACUUGCAACGUUCUGGAAAGAGCUGGUAUUUUACAUCAUUCAAGCCCAGUAUCAACGUUGGAACGGCUAUACGGGUACGUCGAUCUACGAGUCGUGGAGUUUAACUGUGUUUAACGCACUCUUUACAUCUCUACCUGUCAUCCUGCUCGGUAUGUUCGAGAAAGAUCUCAAGGCGGAGACCUUACUCGCUAUCCCCGAGCUCUAUUCGUUUGGUCAGCGGAGCGAGGCGUUCAACCUCAAGAAGUAUGUGAUGUGGAUGUUUACGGGCGCGGUAGACACGGUCGUCAUCUAUAUGAUGGUCUGGGGCUACUUCAAAGAUAUUCUGUUCACGGAGGGUAAUUCGCUCUUCCCUCUCGGACAGCUAGCAUUUACCAUUGCCGUGGUAUUAAUCAAUAUCAAGAUUCUGAUAUUGGAAUGCCAUCACAAAACGGUAAUCACAUUCGUCGGAUUUGCCCUUUCAAUCAUAGGUUGGUUUCUCUGGAAUUUACUUAUUGGAGCAAUUCAUCCAGUGGAAUUUGGUCCGUACGUUGUGCGCGGCUCUUUUGUGAACGAGUUCGGGAAUAAGCUGGGUUGGUGGGCGGCAGCCGGUGCUACGAUAGCUGCCGUAGUUGCGUUCGAACUUGGCCUUACGGCUUUUCAACGAAUAUACUACCCGCGAGACCAAGAUAUCUGGCAAGAGAUCGAGCGCCAGGGGGGAGUUUCGGAAGUGUUGAAAGAACACGCGGCUGAGGAGGGUCGCGUAGCCUCUCCUUUGGGAGAUCCGGAAGGCCAAAUCAGUAACAAUGAUGCCGAUUUCGAGCAGGGGCGGCCUCUAAGCCCUAUUCUCAGCGCAGCGAAGUCGAAGACCCCCGGGUAG